CAACUAGGAACUCACAAGUUUCAGCAAGUCAUUCAUCUUACAACUAGUUAUUUAACUUUUUAAGUUCAUAGUUUCGGUCUUAGAAACCUUGAAAAUGGUGAAGUUGGCAUUUGGUGAUUUUGGUGAUUCCUUCAGUGUUGGUUCAAUUAAGUCUUAUUUGGCUGAGUUCAUUGCUACACUUCUUUUCGUUUUCGCUGGUGUUGGCUCGGCUAUCGCAUAUGGCAAGCUCACAACAGACGCACCAUUAGACCCUGCCGGACUAGUAGCUGUUGCAGUGGCUCAUGCUUUUGCAUUGUUUGUCGGAGUCUCAAUGGCAGCCAAUAUUUCCGGUGGUCAUUUGAAUCCAGCUGUCACCUUUGGAUUGGCUAUUGGCGGCAACAUCACCAUCCUGACUGGUUUAUUUUACUGGAUUGCUCAACUGCUCGGUGCCACUGCUGCUUGUUUUCUUCUCCAGUUUGUCACCGGUGGCUUGGCUGUUCCAACCCACGGGGUUGCUGAUGGAAUGAAUGGUCUACAAGGAGUAGUGUUUGAGAUCAUUAUAACAUUUGGGCUAGUCUACACUGUUUAUGCAACUGCAGCGGACCCCAAAAAAGGCUCACUUGGAACCAUCGCACCCAUUGCCAUUGGGUUCAUCGUUGGAGCUAACAUCUUGGCAGCCGGAGCAUUCAGUGGUGGUUCCAUGAACCCUGCCCGGUCCUUUGGACCUGCUGUGGUUAGUGGAGACUUCUCGCAAAUUUGGAUCUAUUGGGUUGGACCACUUAUUGGUGGUGGUCUAGCUGGACUUAUCUAUGGCGAUGUAUUCAUUGGAUCAUAUGCUGCACUCCCAGCCUCUGAAGACUAUGCUUAAGAAGUUGUAAUAGUUUUCAUUGUGAAAUUGUACUCAUGCUUUAUGUAGGUUGCAAUUGUAAUAUCCUUUUUAUUUGGCUUCCAUUUUGAGAAUUGUGGAAGGUAAAGGGUCAUUGUUGAUGAGAUAUUGUUAUAUAUCUUAUUCAUAUUUGGCCACCCCAUAAUCUCAAGUUUGUGAUUUAUUUUGCUUUGGUAAAUUCUAAGAUUGUAAUCUUGAGAUGUGAAUAAGAAGUGUUUAUGUCAAGUGAUGAAUGCAUGGAAAAACAACCUAUUUCGGUUCA